GCUUUUAACUCUGCGCUGAUAAGCCAUGUUUUCAGAGGAGCACAACCAAUACGUUCUCCUGCACAGGGUUCGCAGAACUCCUGUGUAUUUGGACAGAAAAACUCUGCUUAUAGUAGGAUGCCUUAUCCUAGCAGUGACCGUGUUUUGUGCCACUGAUAUGAUCCUGUUUGGCAUUUACAAAAAUCUAGUUUAUCCAAAGAAUGGAUUAAACACGUUUGUUUCGAGUGAAAAUCUGGAAAACAGCAGAUAUAGAGCAAUCGCAUACAGUAACACGCAUCCAAACAAGAACGUAACAGAAAUCCCGAAGUUCGUACACAAUUAUCAACCAGAUCAUGCUCCCAAUGCACUGCGGCUGGUCUGUUAUUUUAAUUUUCCUGCCAAUGACCAGUCAAUGCAGGUCAGUGAUAUUGAUCCCAAUUUAUGCACCCAUUUGAAUCUGGCCUUUGCCAGUGUGGUCAAUAACAGUCUUUAUCUGGAUAAUGAACAAUUAAGCUUUUUAGCAGAAAUAAUCAAACUGAAACAAACCAAUGAAAAUCUGAAGGUUUUAGUGUCAGUGGGUGGGGCUGGGAACCAGAACGGUUUUCCAGAAAUGGUGAAAAACCACACCAACAGAAAAAUAUUUAUCAAAUCAGUCUGGGAUUAUGUGCAGCAGCUUAACAUUGAUGGAGUGGAUUUGGACUGGGAAUUUCCAGGGGCUCAAAUUAAUUACGACCCCAAUCAGAGAAUGCAUUUCACGCAACUUUUAUCCGAAAUGAGAAAAUCAAUUGCCAGACAAGACAAAUACAAAGUUUUCCUAACUGUUGCUGUAGCUGCGAUUACCGAUAUCGUCGAUGUAUCUUACGAUGUUGCUUAUAUGAACGAAUAUGUGGACUUUGUCAACCUGAUGAGCUACGAUUUUCACUACUUUACAAGCGUCACCCCUUUCACCGGAAUAAAUUCGCCCCUGUACGAAACCUCCAGUGAAAAGUACUUCUUAACAACCUUAAAUAUAAACUAUUCCAGUCACUACUGGAAUUAUCUUGGAAUGGACAAGAGUAAGAUUGUGAUUGGGCUGCCCACUUAUGGGCACAGCUUCAGGUUGGUAAAUUCCAACAGCCAUGAUUUGUAUGCUCCAGCUUCUGGCUAUGGGAAACUGGGCAAUUUGGGAUUUGCUUCAUAUCCAAUGAUUUGCAAUUUUCUACAAAAGAACCACAUCACGCCGGUUUUCGAUAUGGAAAACUUCAGCCCAUAUGCGGCAAAGUAUUACGAAUGGAUUUCGUUUGAUGAUUCGCAAAGUCUCACGUAUAAAGCGGAAUUUAUUAAAAGCCACAAUUUUGGCGGCGCAAUGGUUUACUGUUUAAAUGCCGAUGACUUUAAAGGUAUUUGUAAUAUGGGUGUUAUAGCAGGCACGAAAUUUCCGCUGAUAAGUUCGAUAAAAAAUGCAUUGGACGGUGCAACUUGAGGGAUUAAUCUGAAGAAUGUAAGGUAGGGUAAGAUCGUUGAAGUACAAAGGAGUAUUAUUGGCUGAAUGUUUCACUUCGGUAUAUCGGGUACCACGUGUGUUUGAGCAAAAGGUUUAUUUUUGAAAAAGACUUAAAAAAUCAGUAUUUAUUCGUUACCACUACAAUACAUGUUUUUUAAGGAAUAAUAGGCGAUUCUUGGAAUAUUUGACUAUAUUUUAACUAUUAUUUUCUCAAGGCGUUGUUUAAGGCGGUUUUAAAGCUUAGCUUUAGGUAGAGGAUGAGUGAGAUGGUUGAAAAUUUCAUUUUUAUGAGAUAGUGAAUAUAUAAGACUUCAGGCACAUUAAAUACCUUAUUUAUAA